GCAUCUGGUCGGUUACAGCCGGUUCUGACCUAGCUCGCCACUGUCUCCUUGGUGUCCCCCAACCCCCACCCGGAGGAACUGGUCUGUCUGGUUGGGCGGGGUCGACAGGGAUCACACUGGAACCCGUUUUCAGCCUACUUGGGCCUGGGCAGCCAAGAUUCAUGUUUAAUUUUAUUUUAUUUUGGGAAUUCCCGUCCCACCUCAGCCACCCCGAAGUCAGAUGCUGUAAGUUUCUGUAGAAAUAGCUACAGGGGAGGAGGUUAGACCAGCAGGAGCUGCAGGACUCCCUGACUCCCUUAAGGUGAUCUGUACAAGCUAGCUUGCUGACACUGGGACAGUAGCAGCAAGUGUAGGAGCCUGACUGUGCAUGGCCAAUGUGGGGAGUGCCCAGCAAUGACCAAGGCUCUCCCAGCAUGCACCAGGCUUCUCCCAAAAUACAGAGACCACUCCCAGCAUGUACCAGGCCACUACCAUAAUACACAGGCUCCUCCAAAAAGACACAGGCUCCACCCAUAAUACACAGACCCAUUCUGUAAUACGCAGACCCCUCCCCUUCCAUAGUAAACAGGCCCCUCCCAUAAUACACAAGCCCCUCCCUUAAUACACAGGUUCAUGAUACACAGACCUAUCCAGUAACACACAAGUUACACCAUAAUACACAAGUCCAUCCCAGCAUGCACAGGCCCACCCCAUCAUAAACAAGCCCCUCCCAGCAUGCACCUGCCCCUCUCCGUUUAUUAUUCAUUAAUUCCCCCCUAGAUUCCCCACGCUGGUGAUUGAAAUGUGGGCAGCUGAAGUCCUGUGAGACCUGUUGCUUGACCUCUGUGUGACCGCAGCUUCAUUUCUUCCAGCCUGGCAGGAAUGACUCUCUGCAUGUAGGAGCCGCAGCAGGAGCUCAGGAAGAAGAUGCCACUGCAAGGUGCAUGGACCCUCCAUCUGUGGCUGUCCGUCUGCUUCACCUUUGUGGACACGGAUGGCGAGUUUGUGACCCGGAACUCCCGCCCCAACAUCGUGCUGCUCAUGGCGGACGACCUCGGUGUGGGGGACCUAGGCUGCUAUGGAAACACUUCUGUCAGCACCCCAAACAUCGACCGUCUGGCAAGCGAGGGCGUGAUGCUCACGCAGCACCUGGCAGCUGCGUCCACGUGCACACCAAGUCGCGCAGCCUUCCUCACAGGGCGCUACCCUGUGCGCUCAGGCAUGGCAUCACACAACAACAUGUACCGUGAUGUCAUGUGGCUGGGCGGGUCAGGCGGACUCCCGAGCAACGAGACAACGUUCGCCAAGAUGCUGCAGCACCGCGGAUACCGCACGGGGAUCAUAGGGAAGUGGCACCUGGGCAUGAGCUGUGCAUCCCGUGGCGACCACUGUGCGCACCCGCUCAACCAUGGCUUCAACUUUUUCUAUGGGAUGCCGCUGGGGCUGCUGGGGGACUGCGGUGCCAGCUCCUGGCCGGAAGUGCACCGCAGGCUGCGCAUCCAGCUGUGGGUGACAUCAGCAGCGCUGGCCACCCUCCCCUUCCUGCUGCUGGUGCCCCGCCUGGCACGCUGGUUUUCUGUCCCCUGGACACUUGUGGCCGCUUCUGGCUUCCUGGCGGCGCUCUUCUUCCUGUCCUGGUUCAGCAGCUAUGGCUUCGUGCGCAGGUGGAACUGCAUCAUCAUGCGUGACCAUGACAUUGUCCAGCAGCCAGCCGAGGAGGCCCGGGCAUCUGGGCUGAUGCUGAGGGAGGCACUGGCCUUCAUUGACAGGCAUAAGAGAGGCCCAUUCCUACUGUUCCUGUCCUUUCUGCAUGUGCACACGCCCCUGCCUACACGCGGGAAUUUCGUGGGUCGCAGCAAGUUUGGGGCAUAUGGGGACAAUGUGGAGGAGCUGGACUGGAUGGUGGGGAAAGUCCUCGCUGCCCUGGACAGGGAGCGCCUGACCAAUCAGACCCUGGUUUACUUCACGUCGGACAAUGGCGGCCGCCUGGAGGCCAAAGAGGGCAGUGCUCACGCAGGAGGCUGGAAUGGGGUCUACCGGGGAGGCAGUGGCACUGGUGGCUGGGAGGGCGGAGUGCGUGUGCCUGGCAUCUUCCGGUGGCCCACAGUGCUGGAGGCAGGACGGGUAGUCGAGGAGCCUACAAGCCUCAUGGACCUGCUCCCCACGCUGAGUCAUGUGGGUGGCGGGAUCCUUCCCCAGGACAGAGUGAUUGAUGGCCGGAACCUGAUGCCGCUGCUGGAGGGCCACGUGCAGCGCUCGGACCAUGAGUUCCUGUUCCACUACUGCGGCGUUUUCCUGCACAGUGUCCGGUGGCACCAGAGGGACUGUAACACCGUGUGGAAGGCCCAUUAUAUCACCUCCAACGGCUCCCCGGAGGGCUUGGAUGCCUGCCAUGGCAGUGGCGUGUGUGCGUGCUCCGGUGAUGUCACCCACCAUGACCCGCCACUGCUCUUUGACAUCUCACGAGACCCCGCCGAGUCACGGCCGCUGAACUCAGAGAACGAGGCGCUGUUUGACGCAGUGCUCAGCAAGAUGACGACGGCAGUGAGGGAACACCGAGCCACCAUCACCCCUGUGCCCCAGCAGCUCUCUGCCUUCAAUGCACUCUGGAAGCCCUGGCUGCAGCCCUGCUGUGGCGCUGCCUUCCCAUUCUGUGGCUGCUCAAGGGAGGAUGCUUGAGUGUGGUGCUCCCCAAGAGCUAGAUGCUCCCCAUGAGAUGCUACAUGAUGGAAGGGUGCUCCUCACAUGGUGCUCACUGAUGGCAGGGUGCUCCCCACGUAGUGCUCCCUAAGAAUCUGUGCUCUCAACACAGUGCUCACCAACAACUAGGUGCUACCCACACAGUGCUUGCCAAGAGGGAUUGUCCUCACACGGUGCUCACUGACUGCAGGGGUGCUUGCCAGGUAGUGCUCCCUGUUUGUUGCACCAAUGAUGACCUGGCUUCUCAUACAGUGCUCCCUCAGUGGAAGUGCCCCUUAAAGAGUGCUCUAUAGUGAUUGUUAUAUUAUGUACCCUAAUAUAUUAUGUACCCUAAUAAACUUAUCUGAGAAUCAGAGAAAAGAACAAGCCACUAGAUUAGACAUAGAGGCCAGACAGAGGUGGCACACACCGUUAAUCCUAUCACUGAGAGGCAAAGAUCCGUCUGGAUCUCCAUGAGUUCAAGGCCACACUGGUAACAGUCAGGUAUGGAGGCACACCUUCAAAUCCAGCACUUGUGCCUUUGCUUGGAGGCACACAUGCCUUUGAUCCCAGGAAGUGACAUGGCUGGGUGGAGAACGGUGUACAAGGUGUGAGGAGACAGGAACUAAGCAGCAGUUCAACUGUAACCCUCAGGGGUGAGGACUCAGAGGCUUUCAGUCUGAGGAUUCGUGGAAACAGAAUCGGCUGAGGAGUUGGUAAGGUGAGGUUGGCUGUGGCUUGUUCUAUUUCUCUGAUCUUUCAGCGUUCACCCCAAUAUCUGGCUCUGGGUUGUUUUAUUAAUAAGACCUUUUAAGAUUCAUGUUACAGUACUCACUGACUUGCACUGAAAGGGAAAAAUCAGUAGCUCUCUUGAGAAAUGCUAUCCCUCCCCCGCCAAAGGUAUUUGCUGACCAGCAGUUUUAGAGCUGACCAGAGACUGAACUUAUGGGAAAAUAAGACUGGAACAAUAAAUCUGAAUUUAUAUAUCCUGGGUUCAGCAAAAACAGGAUAUAGGGAGUUAAAAAAAAAUUAUGUCUCUGUAGAUACCCUGCAUCCUGUUAGCAACUAGUAAUCUCAUGCUCAUAGUUCAGCCAGUAACUUCAAAGAACUACCUCACCC